UCCGAGCUGGACGACGUCUCAACGACAUUCAACCUCAAUUGAAGCCGCAAUCAAUCAAAAUGUUCAGAUUUCACAAAACUAAGGAUGUUAUUACCCUCUUCCACAAGGCAAGCUCUCCAGCUUCCAUGAGGGUCAACGCUCUCCUGAAGCAAGCUUCUGCCAAUGCUAGCGAGCAUGCCACCGAGGACCAAGCUAGCGAUCACUCUGCGCAAUUAAAGCCAAGUCGUGCCGAAUUCGAGCUUGAAGUGACUGAGGAGCCUCCGACCCAAGAUCAACUAAAGAGCAUCCUAGAAUAUGUUGGAGCCCAGAAGACGAGCACAAUCAUCAAGGGCGCAAGGGAUGAGGCAGAUGCCAUGAGAAAGUUGAAAGAGAAUUCAGAGAGCUUCCAGACCCCUGUCGUAUGUCUCUACUGGUGAAUAGAAUGGGAUAUUGCUAAUGGUUGCUAGACGGUGGACUGGGCCAACGGAAGAGCUGUUGCUGGAGACAAUGAGUCGGAGAUCUUGAAGAUGAUCGAGAGUCUGCCAAAGUAAGAGGCGUAAGAGUUGAUGAUACCAAUACCUUAUAAUUGUCUCUACAAUAUGUGAGGCGGGCUUGUGGAGGUGACGAGAAGCAAACCCAGCAUAAACAGGCUGCGAACCCCGUAAAUAAGGAAAUUUCAUUCUUGUA